CAAACUGCCAUCGGAGGUACGUCCUUCAAAGAAACGAACGAAAAGACUUCGAAAAAUCGCUGUUCUCCCGAUCGUCUGUUUAAUAGCAUUUCAACGCGUUCGAAAGCCCCUUCAUCGGUUCUAAAAAUGAGAGGAAGGGAAAUCAUUGUUUGGCGCUACCCAAAAAGGAUAUGGCAAGAAGAUCCUUUCGCAAUGAUGGUAUUGACUCAAGUGAAUUUUGAAGUUUUCGGAUACUUGCAUGGUGUAAAUUUCAUUCAACAUGCUAAAGAGAUAGCAGACCGCCUCGGUGUCAGAGGAUGGAUUCGAAUCACUAGGUACGGCACGGCCAUGGGACAAAUACAAGGUGAAAAAGACAGAGUCGAAGAAAUGGCUCUUUGGUUAAGACAUACAGGCAGUCCAGGAUGUAGAAUUGAAUUUGUUGCUUACCAAAAUUGGAAAGUUAUUGAUGGUUUUGAGUACAGAAAGUUUAAUGCACGUGUCUGAGAUCAUUUCCUUUUAAAGCAUAAGAAUGUUGAGAAUGCCGUUAUUGUUUAAAAAGUAUUUUAAUCUAUAAAUUUUGCAUCUUUAAAGAUUUGUAUUGUGUUAUUGUACAAGAUUUAUACAGAGUUAUAGCCAUAUAAAUGCAUUUUAAUUCCUAUGUAAAUUUUAAUGCAUCUCAUUUCCCAUUUGUGAACAUAAAAUGUAAAUAUUGACAUUAAAGCAAAAUUUUUAAUCA